AUGAAGCCGUUUGACAACGAGAGCACGAGCUCGCGGCUGCCGGUGGUGCGGCCGGCGACGCCGAACCAGCAUCGACGCAGCAUGCGGUCGUCCAACCUGAUCGGCACGUCCACGUCUCCUGCCGGGAAACAGCAGCACUAUCCUCUUUCUUCGCCGUACAACUCGCAGCACCAGCCGCCGGGGCUGUCUACUCCUGGAUCCUUGGGUCACAGCGACGGCAACGAGGGUGGAUCUGACGGGGGUGUUGUUGGGGAGUCGGAGCUGCCGUUCUUCGACAAGGCUCGGCAGUUUGAGUUCAUUGACCAUCUCGACAGCAUCCACAUGAAGCUGCUGCGGCUGAACGAGAUCCACGAGUCGUUGACGAACUUCAACGAGUCGUUUGGGUCGUUUUUGUUCGGGCUCAACAUCAACGCGUGGUGCGUGAACUUCGAGGAGGCCCCCACACCCAAGACCUGGAGCCAGAAACAGCAGGCUGACGAGAUCCAGGCCAAGAUCGACGCUUUGACGACAGAAAUCGGCAAGCUGGACCGCGAGCGCAAGGACCGCAGCGUGAUGCCGCCGCCGGUGCAGAACAGGCCCCCGCAGGCGCGCCAGACGCCGAUCCGCAAACCCACGACGCGCGCAGCAGCCACCGCGAGACGACAGUCGUCGAUCCCGACACUUGUGCGGUCGCAGUCGUCGACGCCAGCACCAAAAAACAGCCGUUUGAACCUGUCUUCGGCCAAGAAAAGCAGUGUGCGGCCAGCAAGUACAGAGGAGGACGAUAAGUGGGAGGUCAAGGGCAGAAGGCCAUUUAGAUGA